CGUUUCCGGUAAUGUCAAAUUACACGACAGGUUCCCGCAUCUUUUAUUUAGUUUUAUCGCAGAGGACCAGCUACCGUCCCGGGGGUUUCUUCGACAGGCAAGUUGUUUCGUUUCACAUCGCGUGACCGGAGUGCCCUGGAACAGGAACUAGAAAUAUUUUUGCGCUCGUUUCUUUACAUGGAUGGCGGUGUCGUUUCUAAACAGGCGGCAAAUGAUGGAGGGGAGGAGGAGGCCACUGUGUCUCUGGUGGAUGUUUUGGAAGAGGAUGAAGAACUGGAGAAUGAAGCCUCUGCUGUCCUUGGACGGAGUGAUUCAGAGAAAUGCUCGUAUCCUGAGGGAUAUGUGAAGCGACAAGCUCUGUAUGCCUGCAACACCUGUACACCUAUGGGAGGAGAGCCAGCUGGAGUUUGUCUGGCAUGUUCCUACAAGUGCCAUGAAGGCCAUGACCUUUUUGAGCUGUAUACCAAGAGUGCCACCAAUAACAAAAGCAAAUCCAUGCAAAGGAGGAAGGUGGAAAAUGAUGAAAAGGUUAAAAAUGAGAACCCAAAGAGCCCCUUUGAUGAGAAGGUUCAGGUCAACAGGACAUCCGCCUGUAAACGGAAACACCAGGAUGAAACUGAAGGUUUCACAGAGGAGGGCUCAUGCUCAGGUUGCAGGCUGAGAGAGAUGAAGGCCUCCGUGAGGAGCCGGACUCUGCAGGGUGCUGUGUUCUGGCCCUCUGCCUGGCGUACCAAACUCUGCACCUGCACAGACUGCAAGAUCCUCUAUGCAGACGCUGGAGUAUCUUUCCUCAUGGAUGAGAUUGACACGGUCCUGGCAUAUGAGAUCAAGGGCAAGUCCACAGAGCAGGUUGAGCAAGCAGGUGGAGGAGAUGGUCACGACCCCUUAAUUUCAGCCCUAAACACCCUGAAUCGUGUUCAGCAUCUGGAGAUCAUCCACAAGUAUAAAUGACAUGAAGACAGAACUGAAGGACUACCUGCAAAGAUUUGCUGCAGAAGGCAAGGUGGUGACACCGCAGGACAUUCGUCAGUUUUUUGAACAGCAGCAAAGCUGUAAGAGAAGAGCCAAUGAGGGCCGGUACUACUGCAGCUAAACCAUCCCUGCCACUUCAAGCAUAACAGCUCCAUCCAAACCUUCAUGUUGUUGUUUUUCCCCUUUAGGCCCCCCACUGGAACAUUUUAUAAAAAUAAAUAUGAAAUUUAAAUUCAGGCCCUCCCUUUGUAUGAUUUUGACCUUGUGUGAUAUCAGGUUUUGUGAUCCCAAAGAUGUAGCUGUAAUUCUUUUCUCACAAUCCUGCCAUAUCAAACAGGGUUCGAGUUUGAAAUUAGGUUCAGCUUGACUUGCCUUUAUUUGCUCAGUGUCCAGAUUCAUUAUGGGAGGAAAAGCGCCUCUAUAAUGCCAUGUGAAUAGGAAUUGCAGUCAUUCCUCAGGAUUUUUAAAAUGGUGCCACUAUUAUAAUCAUUAUGGAAGGCUAUUAAUGAAGUUAUGGUCUCAUGAUUGUAGUGUGUUAAUUCUGUUACAUUUCUGGUAAGAUGGCAGAUAUCAAUACUCAGGAUGUCAGGGUCAAUAGCGCCACAGCCUACAGUUUAUUUAACCUAAAUCUAUGGAAGCAGAUUCCCUCACCUACUAUAUCUCAAGAUAUUUGCAUGGGUUAAAGAUAACAAAAAGUCAGGUUGUUAAGUUCACAUACAAUUGUGAUAAAGUUGCCUUUUUAUUUUACCUUGUUUUAACCUGUUGUUUGUAGACUUUUCCUUUUUAUAUCCUACCUUUGAGAAAUAAACAUGGUAAUACAUGUGGCCCUUUGAGUUUUUAAAGAAUAAUUAAUUAUAAUGGUCUCCUUAUGCACAUUAGAAAAUGUUAUUCAGAUAAACAAGUCAGUAAUGAUUUUGGAAUCAUUUCAAUUAUAAAUUACAAGCUUUGUCAAUGACUCAUCAAGCUUUGCACACUGUUUGGAUUUGUUUUGGACCUGUAUGUUAAUACAGGAUUGAAUGAUUCUGUGCAAUGUUGGGAUUGUCUACUAAUUAAUUUGCUAAACUUUUAUCAAGGCCAUUAGAGUUAAAGGGAUGGUUCCUACCAAAAUAAAAAUUCUGUCAUUUACUCUUGUGAAUUAAUUUCUUCUUGUGGACACAAUAGAUUUGGCAGAAUAUGUAAUGAGAAAAAGAUGCAAUGGAAUGAUGCAAUUUUCCCAACAAUAGCGAAGGUGCUGCUCUUGAAAUUCGGUAAUAAAAAAACAAAAACAAGAAA